AUGUCCAAGCCGCCUUCCAGAGUGGUUUUCGUGGGAAACAUUCCCUACGGUCUCUCCGAGGAGCAGAUUAGCGACAUUUUCAGCAGCGCCGGCAAGGUGCUUAAUUUCCGCCUCGUUUACGAUCGCGAAACUGGUCGACCGAAAGGCUUCGGCUUUGCAGAGUAUCCCGACAAUGACUCUGCGGCAUCGGCGGUCCGCAACCUCAAUGAUUAUGAGAUCAUGGGAAGGAAACUGAGAGUGGAUUUCUCUAAUGAAGGAGGAAGUGAUGGCAAUGACGAUAACCAUGGCCGCGAUGGUGGUAACGCCGCUCACGCCUCGAACGGCUACAACCCAGCCGCCGUCCCCGCGCCAUCGAACACUCUGCCACCUCUGCCUGCCGGCAAGGAGCUUCCGCCCAAUGUCACAGCCACCGACGCCAUUUCCCGUACUCUCAACACUCUUCCUCCCUCUCAGCUCCUAGACAUUCUCACGCAGAUGAAAGCCCUGGCCUCUACCGACCCUGCGCGUGCAACGGAACUCCUCCAGCAGGCUCCUCAGCUGGCAUAUGCAGUUUUCCAGGCGCUGCUGCUCAUGGGACUUGUAUCCCCCGAAGCGAUCCAUUCUGUCCUCGAACCUGGUGGUGCGCCGUCUGUUACACCCGCCCAGGCCGCGCCUAUCGGCUACCCGCCUCAGCCUACCCCUGGCUUCCCUCCGGUGCCGAUGGCGGGCGCCAACAAUACCCCACCGGUUGCCAGCACACCGUAUGCGCCGCCGCCCCAGCAGGCAACCUAUGGUGCUCCGCCGCCUCCCCCGGCUGCCGCCGCACCGUUGGGCCAGGAUCCCGAUGCGCUGAUGCGGCAGGUCAUGGAGCUGCCGAUGGAGACAAUCAACAUGCUUCCAGAGGCGGAGAGGCAACAGAUUCUGGCGUUGCGAGCAAGCUUUGGUGUCCAGAGGCGAUGA